AUGCUAAUGGAAAUUGGGGAUCUCAAAGAGGCGCUAGGACCCUUGGAUGCCCUUCUAUUCAACGAAGACUCGCUGUCGCCAAUAUUUUGCAAGCCGCGCCUUAUCCCGCUCAAGACGUUAACUACGGAGAAGCUGGAGAAGAUGCAGGCGGAGGCAGCCGAGAAGAUGAAGGAAAUGGAAGCGGAAACGGCAGCGAAGCGGCCAAUGACGGUACAGCGGCAACAAGCUGAUAGAAUUGAAGAGGAGGAUGAGGACGCUGCUCCCGAGGAUCCGGUCCAAAAUGGGGGGAACGCCGAUGCGGAUAUAUGGCAGGCAGAUGAU